CACCGGAAUAAACAGCAGACGGAACGAGAACGGAUUAAUACCCAGAAGCAGGAAGCAGUUGGAGACUUUAUCAUUCAUCACCUCUCUGAAGAAUCCUAAAUCUCCAGUUUCUUCAUCGAGUACUUUGACAAAGUAUUAAAAAUAAUUUCAAAAUUCGUGAAAAAUGUCGAAUGAAGAGCUCUGCAGAUUAUGCAAGGCGAGUGCCGGUCGGUCUGAUCUCUCGAAGCCCAAGUUCAAAUCGACCAACAAACUGCUGCAAACACUCUUUGAGUGCUACAAAAUUGAUAUCGCCAUCCUGGAAGAAAGUUCGUGCAUUUGUCGAACCUGUUUUGGAGAGGUCCAGCGCUUAGGAGAAUCUCUGGAGAAAUGGAGCAAAGCCCAGGAAGAAAUACAGGAAAAGCCCCUCGAAAUAGACGACUCCCAGGUGUUUCAGGUCAAGUUGGAGGCUCCGUCCUCGGAGGAUGAGGAGGAAACAGUCGAAAACAAUUAUAUGGAAGUGCCAGAGAAGGAGGAGGAGGAGGUUGAUGAUCAAUCAGACCAACACGAGGUCAAGUUGGAGGUUCAGUCCGCGGAGGAUGAGGAGGAAUCCUCUGAAGAAGAAGGCCAAAACGAUGAUCAGGAGUUGGCGGAGGAGGAUCCUUUGGAUCCCUCUGACAGGGACAUCUUUUGCGUGGGCCUGUCACACGAUGGUUUGGCCAUUACGAAGAUAUUCAAGGACAAGACCAAGGCGACCCGCAUGCUCUGCACCUGUUGCGACCAGGACCUCGAAAUCCUGGCCCACAUUCGGAUGCACAGUGGAAUUGCCCGUUCAAAUCCGGACUACUAUUGCCGCGAAUGUGCCUCCGAAUUCGUCACUCUUCGCGAAUUACGGACUCACGUCGAGACAAUGGGUCACCACAAGAGCAAAUGCGGCGGCAGGGACCUGGAAUUCCUGUGCCUCAGGUGCAACGAGAUUUUUCCACGAUUCUUCGACGCUAUGCGCCACGAGAACAGCGUCCACACGCUGACAGAAUUGAUUUGUGUGGAGUGCAACAUGUACUUCAAGUACCGGGGAUCCUACGAGAAACAUCUGCGGCAACACAAUGCCACUUCCGAUGAACCGCAGGUCUUCGCUUGCUGCUAUGCGGACUGCAAUCGAAAAUUCCGCGUCUUUUCGCGGUAUUUAAAGCACGUUCAGUGGCACAACGGGCGGAGCCACCAAUGUCCCCAUGCGAGAUGUGGUACGGCGAUAGAGCCCGGCAACUACUUGAAGCACAUUCGCUCGCACUUACGGCCACCGCAACGCGCCCUUCAGGGUCAGUUUAUGACCUUAGAUCCGAAGCAUCGGGUGAGACCGGACGCCCGCAAGGUUCCCUACGACAGACGACAAUACCACGAUGCUCGCGGUUCCCCGGAUGUCUUCCAUCCCAUUUUCUCCGACGGCGGGCAGUUCAUCAGCCUGCCCAAACAACUAACCUUGCAGAACGGCAAAUUCCUAGAUGUCAGUAAAUAGUCAAUAUAACAAGCCCAAGCCAAUUGUUAUAUUAAAUGGCAAAUAGUUUAACUAAAUAUUUUCUAUAUUUUAAAUCUUGCAAUAUAUUUAAAAGUUCAACACUCAGAAGAAUAUAAAUUUGAAAAUAAUUGUUAACACAGUAAAAUCAAGUGCAAUGCGAAAUCUGAUAUAUCCCACAAAACUACUGUAAUGAAACUAAAGUCGAUUUAAGUAUAAAGUCGAUAUUUAGUAAUGGUUUAUUAUUUUGGAAUUACGGCUUAAAUUUGAUUGAAAUCGGACGACUAUAUCAUACAGUUACCAUGAGAACAAUCGGAUUAAAAUAAAAAAAAAUGUAAACUUUUUUAAUUUUCAAUUUUUUUUUAAAUUCUUUUGGACUUAGGAAUGGUUUAAUAUUUCAAAAUUAAGCUUUUAACUUUAUUAAAAUGGUUUUUAAUUAGGUGUUUAAAUUUUGCUUUGCAAAGGGUAUAUAAAAUUCGAUUUGGCUUAAUUCCAAAAUUGGAAACGAAUAAAACAA